AUGUCCUGGGUGGUGGCAAUUCCAACAUAUGAUCGGGUGGACUCCCUGAGGAAAAAAACCGUGCAACUGUUGCUUUCUGCCGGCAUUUCGGCUGCUCGGAUUUUUGUUUUUGCAGAUCCUGGUCAGUUCCCCACCUACAAAGAAGCCCUGGAACCGUUGGGCCUACAAGUGGUGAAAGGUCGGAAAGGAAUUUGCAAUCAGAGAAAUGCCAUUAUGGAGCACUUCAAGCCUGGAGACCGCAUUGUCGAAAUGGACGAUGAUAUCUCAUGCCUCCUGACAACUACUGGGGCACUGAGAAGUGAUCGAAGUGCUAGGACGGUCCCCGUGCCAGAAGAAAAUUUGGAGUUUAUCAUCGACCACAUUUGGGAGAUUGCCGACAGGGAAAGGUGCAAGUUGUGGGGCAUCUACCCCACGCCAAACACCUACAUGCUGUCAAGGACCUACACAUUGGGCCUCGCAAAAAGCACGGGACAAAUGCAGGGCUACUACAAUCCAGGUGAUGUCCAGUUGACCGUGGCUGUCAUGGAGGACUAUGAGCGGGUCCUUCACUUCUACAGCCGCGGGCUUUCCUGCAUGAGGUGCGAUUUUCUGAGCGUGAAAAGUGACAACAAAGGCCGUGGCGGUUGUGCAUCUGCCUUCAUAGAUUAUUCAGUUGAAGCUCAGAAGGAAAAGGACGAGAAGGUUCUGCGGCAUCCCAGAGAGGUAGCAGAGGCAAACGCUGUCAAGCAGCUGCAAGCUCGGUACCCUUUGCUGAUCAAGUAUUCAAGACCUCCAAAGGCUGUGCAGAAGAUAGUGCCAGUGCAUGGGAAGGUCAAGUACCAUCCUCCUGGCUGGCGCUUGAUGUUCAAGUCCCAGAAUACCAUGCGCUACAUCUCUGCAACUGAUGUUUCUGGAACAUUCGCAUUUCAGUUGGGCCUCGGAAAGGAUGUCAAACCUAUUGAGACGGUCGGUGAGAAUGGCUCUGUUCUUGACAAAAACAAAGAAGGAAAGCAAGGCCCAGAUGAUACCGUGGAACCUCUUGAGCCAGAAGACGAGGACGAGGAAGACGAGGAUCGAGACGAGCUGGAGCUGGACCUGUUGAUUCUGCGGAGUCUGAAGAUGAGUGAAUUGAGAGAAUUGUGUCAAACAGCUGGUCUGCCAGACUCCGGCUCAAGAGUGCAGCUCAUCUAUCGGCUUAUAAACCCAGAGGAUGUUGAUGACGACCCGGAACCAGGGCCCAAAAAGAGAAAAAAGGAAGAGAAGGAGAAAACUGAGAAGACGGAGAAGACAGCCAAGAGAAGAGAGUCCAAGGAUGAGCUAAGGGAGCGCAAGGAGCCAAAGGAGCGAAAAGAACCGAAGCCGAAGGAGCUACAGGAUGUCAACUCCCAGCCGAAGGAGCUUUCAAAGCAAGACUCCGAAGGGGAAGACGAACUAUCCAGAUUGGAGGCCAUAUUGGCAGAACAUGAAGCGCAAGAUCAAGAACCUACUGCUGAAAGACCCGAAGCUUCCAAGGAUGAAGAGACUGAGGAAGCGAGAAGGGCGAGAGACAUGAAAGGAGCAAGAGAAGCACUUGAAGCAAAAAGGAAGGAAGAUGAGGCGUUGCAGGUGAAUCACGCCAUGCAGGCCUUGAUGCAUGCGGAAGCUGCCAGAGAGACCCAGCAGCGGCUGUUGGGCCAACAGGCUGAACAGAUCCUGGAGGCCUGUGGCCGUGUGCCACUAGAAGCCCCCAGUGCUAUGGGCCAGCUGCAGCCAGCGCCGCUGAUGCCGCUCUCGACUCCGAGUAUGCAAGUUUGGCAGCCAGCAUCUGCAAUGAGACAAUUGCGUCAACUGGUGCCACGCUACAGAAAUGCGAGGGAGUACCCACAACGAAGGUGCUUCUUGAACGCAAGUGUCACCUCAACUCAACUGCUUUGCACUGUUUUUUUUGUAGCCCGUCUAUUGAAUGCCAGUGAGGGCAUGUGGGGGCGUUGGGUUAGCUUGACCAAAAUGACCAGAGAGCUUGGCGACAUGGCUGAAAAGAUUCCAAACGUCCGCUUCAACAAUGCAAGCUUGCGAGCGAGCGGCAAAGUAACUGCCGGCGAGCAAGCAGUUCAGGCCGCUAUAGAGAUUUUCCGUGAGCAAGACGCGAAGAGGUUGGAGGCUGACGAGUUUAUUGCCUUGUCAGAGCUACUCCUGAACGUUGGCAAAGCCAAGGCUGUCGGAUGCCCAGGAAAUCUGAGAGGAUCAUUGAGAUUCCAAGGAAUGCAGCCAGACCUGCCUGCACUUGCGAAGGCAACAGCGACUCUUGGCUUGGCCCGCCCUUAUCCGCACAGCUACAGACGCCAGCUUUUAGUGAAUGCCAUGCGCACUGCUAACGCCAAAGACGCGUCAGAAGCAGAUCUCAUUUUUGCCGAGGAUAGAGUUGACUUCAAUCUGAAGCAGCUCGCCCGGCUCACAAAGCAGCCAGAUUCGACUUCGUGCGGAUGGGAUGCCCAUAGCUCGGCCGCCAAGGCCCAGCGCUCUCAGGAGCUUCUGGCGUCCAGGCGAAGGCUCCACCAGGAGUUCGAUGAUCAGUGCUCUCAGGCACAGCUGGCAUUAAACCGCCUCCGUUCCUUGAUAUCGCUUGCAACCAGAGCUAGCGCUGACAAAAACGCUGCACCACGGUGCCAAGAACUGAUUGCAGUGCUACAAGGCUGUGAGGUCACAUUGCUGAAAGGCAUGAAUGGCACCCAUGAAAUGUCCGAGAGAUCCAUGGCCAUUGCCAACACCGAUGGAUCCAGCGUGUUUUUGGAGUCAGUGCUGCCCAAGCUUCUUACGAGCGUGGAGGAGGAUUUAUCCAGCGACAAAGACUUUGGAGAUGACAGAAAUGCGGAGGAGGAAGUGAGGUUGCGAUUGAUGCUGCAAGACUUGAAAAACCACAACGAGGCGCUUCGCCGUGAAAUGCAGGAGUUGAACAAACAAGCGGAAAGUAGUUCGCAGGGCAGCAAAGGAACUAGUGAAGCAACAAGUGCAACUGAUUGCGAUUCCAGCGAAGUCGAAGCUCCCAUGCUGCAUGAGAUUGCCGAAAUGCGGCUGGCUUUGAUGGAAGCAUAUCAAGAGCUGGCAAGAUGGCAGCAGGAGGAUCCACAGGCAUCUGCAGUCAUAGCUCAGCACCAAGGCCUUUACAAGUUGCUCGGCGAUCAGCAGACAAGGGACGAUCCCUUGUGUCGACUGCUGGACGCCGUGGUCGGUUCGCCGCUUGAAGCGUUGUGCGCGGCUGAGCAGGGCAUGGUUUUGCUGAAGGUCUUGGGUGCUUCGAAGGUGGAGGAGGUUGCAGCUUUGAUCAAGGUGUCAGACUGCAUGUUGGCCCUCAACAAAGGGCGAGCUGCUCUGAUGCGGGGGCAAGAGGCUGCGAAGCGUUGCAAGGGCGAGCGUGCAGAAGCUAUGGCCUUGCAGGCAUGCCUUGACGCAUUGGAAGCCGUCUCGGCGUCCAUUGAGAGAGGACAAACGGAGGUGCGGACUGCAAUUACUGCGCAAAGCUGCUUGAUUGACAAAGUUGCAAAAGAGGUCUCAUCAGUGAAGCACCAGCUGGCUGCCAACAAGGUCAAGGAUGGCGACACGAGCGAGGUUCCAAGCUGUGGCUUUUGCGACUCCGGAGACGGCCAACAGUCAGACCACGCGAAGACGCUGGAGGUGCUCCAGGUAUUGACAGAGAAUACAGAAAAUUCAGCCAGACGGGAUCCUCCCGACUUUGAAGAGGCUGCUGGACCAGCUGACAGCUUCAAACAUGCUCAGCCAGUGAGCGAGGUUCCAGGGGACACUGAAGAAGUAGAAGGAGGAACUGGAUCAACGGGCGUCAGCAGAUUCGCAGCUUACUGGAAAGAUGAGGCAGAGGAGGCAUUUAACGCAGAAUGGAAUAUCAAGGCUGCAAUGGGCUUCGAGACAGACGCAAAGAAGGUGAAUCCCACGAGAUCCACAACGGCCUUGCCGAAAACGGCUUCUCCAGAUGCGAUCUCAGCAAAUGCACAAGAGCGUGCAAAAUCUCGCAUGAGUGGCUUACAGCGUUUCAUCACCAGUUCCCAAUUUGACCAACUCUCUGGUUGCAUCAUUCUGAUCCACUCUUUCAGCGUGGGAAUGGAGGCCAACGAGCGUGCGAUGGACCCGAUAAACGCUUGUGGUGGUGUAUGGGUCAGUGUCCAGCUAGCUUGCAACAUUAUUUUCGUCCUUGAGCUCUUCAUUCGCAUGUUCAGCUUCGGCUGGAAAAUCUAUUUUUGCGGAUCGGAUAGGUACUGGAACUUCUUUGAUCUGUUGGUCAUCACUGGCGGCUUCAUCGAAGAGAUCAUCCAACGAGCGAUUCUCACCGAUUGCGAACGCGAUGCCGAUACCUCGCAGAUCAUGACCAUGCUGACGGGGCUCCGUAUUUUGCGGAUUCUUCGGAUGACCCGGAUAGUGCGGGCAGUGCGCUUCAUGAAUGUCUUCCGUGAGCUCCGAGUCAUGGUGCGCUCCGUUCUGGGCUGCCUCAUCCCGCUUUUCUGGUGCAUUGUGUUGCUCUUUUUCAUCCAGUGGUGCUUUGCGAUCUACUUCAUUACGGUCACUGCAGAUGCUGUCCAGGGUAUGCACAAAAAUCCGGAGCUGUGGAGUGGCAUUGACAAGCAACGGAUCACCGAUGAGAUUUCUAUAUAUUAUGGGUCCAUGUGGACAGUAUUGUAUGUUCUUUUCGUGGCCAUCACUGGUGGGUUGGAUUGGUCAGAAGCCGCGCACGUCUUCCUGCUGCUUCAGAACUAUUUGGCCGUGUGGGCGUUUAUGUUUUAUAUCGCUCUGGUGGCCUUGGCGGUACUGAACGUUGUGACGGCUGUGUUUGUCGAGUAUGCCAUGAAGAUGGCAGCGGAGGACCGCGAUCUCGUGAUACAAGAUUAUUUGGAGAAGGAGUCCAAGUUCAGCAAGGCUGCUCAAGCGGUAUUUCAAGAAGCGGAUGCUGAUGAUAGUGGGGCUAUCACCUUCGAAGAGUUUACAGGGCACUUGGAAGAUCUUCGCGUGCAAGCUUUCCUACGCAGUAUGGAACUGGAUGGCGUAGAAGCUGUCCGCCUCUUCAAGCUUUUAGAUGCCGACGGUAAUGGAAGCAUAGAAAUCGAUGAGUUCGUGCAGGGUUGCAUGUGCCUCAGAGGCAAUGCCAAAACAUUGGACCUGGCAAUGCUUCUCUGGGAGCAACGCAAGGCCAUGAAGCGUUGGAUGAGCUUCAUGAGCUACGUGGACGUGAAGCUGAACGAACUCACCAAGCAACAACAACACACUGUGUCACAUGCAGGAUUCUCGCGGCUCAAGAGAGUUGGCAAGAAACCCUUCUCAUCUGCUGGGGCUGCCUGGCAGGGCUGGUGGGUGGUGUCGCGGGGUGUGCCCCCUCCGCCUGGGCAGCCCCCCGUCUUCUGCCCCGUCAGCAUUUGCCGUUGCUCGGGCCGUGCACGAGAACCUGGCUGGGCGUGUCUCCCCACCAUGCACGCACACAUCCAUGCCCACCGACUGGAUGCGAGCCAACCACAAACAACCGUGCCCAGUCUGCGGCUUGGGGGCACCCGCUAUGGCACCCACCCAAGCUCGGGCUUGGGCUCCAGCCAGCGGUGGCCAGGCCACCACUCUCCGCCACAUCCCGGCAGGCGCGCGACACCUCUGGACCAAGUGCUCACUCGUGCCUUGGCCUCAGCUGCCUGCCACAACGACCCCAAAGCUUGGAAGGAGCUUCUCGUGCUCCCACGAUGUGUCCUCUGUGCCCCACCUCGCGGUGGUCGCGUGCGCUGCUUUCCAUUGGUUUGGCACCUGUCGCGGCGGACACGGUUCGGGAACUCCAGGCACUUCAUCCCAGGGCCCCUUCCUCCCCUGACAGCCUUGCCGCCCCCUCCAGAUCUGCCACCUGACCCCAUCACCAAGUGGUGGUGCCUGUCCAGAUGCUUCACCUUUUCUGGCUGGCGCUGCCCAGACUGGGGUUGCAGUCCUCGCGGAGUGGAGUCCGUCGUGCACACCAUGCGAGCUUGGUUUGGCCGCCAUGCUGGCGACCCCCUUGGUACUCGUACCCUCCUGUUUGCUGCUGCCCUGCAGCCCCUGGCCUCGGAACUCAGUCAAGCCCCGGCCGUUGCCGCUGCUUUGAACCACGUCUGCGUGAAGGGGGCGCAGCUUGGGUUCGAACUCAACCUCAUUGCCGUCGGCAACAUUAAUCCCACCGACUUGACGCCACUCUUCCCGGCAGAACCCAUGGCUGCUGCAGAUGGGACCCCCGCAUCCUCCGCAACUUCGAGCUCCUGGGAGCUUGUAUUGGCAAUGCGGAUUUCAUGGCCGCCGGGGCCAAAGCUCGGGUCAGCACAGCCGCAGACUUGCUGGAGGCUUUGGGUAACCUCUCUGAUCCUCAAGUUGCACUCCGUCCGUCUUCUGCGGCCGUGUGGUGGGCACGCCCGCCUCGUGCACCUUAUGCGCUGUGUCCCUCCCCUCGCACAACAAGCCACCCUUCUGGACUUUGACGUCCGUGUCCGCCAUUGUCUGGCAGCAAUGUGCAAUGGCAGCAAGCUACCCGGAACCUUGGCAACAGCGGUCUGGCACUUUGCUUUGCUGUGUCCGACGCCCCCGCUGCCUACCUCGCUUCUCUUGGCAGCUGCCUUGACCGGUGCCUCGACUUGGACCCGAUGUUUGACCGCCCUGCUGAAACAGCUUGUUGACUCCGCAAUCCUCGGCUUUGCCGUGACUGGCCCCCAGCGGACGGAGUCUCUUUCUCAAGCAACGAACAAACCUGUCAGUGCCGCUGCUGCAUAUGCCGACCCCAAAGCCACACACCAAGACACUGGCCGCCUUUGCUCCGAGCAAGGCGUCCAUUUCCAACCUAUGGUGGCUGAAACCACCGGUGCCUGGGACAAGACCGCCUCACAUGUGCUCCACAUUGUGGCGGCGGCUGUUGCGGCGCGUGAAGGAGCGGCCGUUGCAGACCUCUAUAGCCGCCUCCUUCAAGAAUUGUCCAUCACCACGCGCCGGUUCCGGGCACAAGCAGCCCUGCGACGACGGGCCGAAAUCAUCAAUCAGACGCAGCCCAUUGCCAGGGCGAUGUUCUCCCCACGCUUGUGCUCAGUGCACUUUGCUGGGCUCAAGCCCGAAGCUUCUUCAGACGUGAUGUACUUGCUGGUAACCAGCCGUGCAUCGCCUAGUUUUUGUACAGGCAAUCGCGCCGAAAGUCCUGGAUGCACAUGGGCCAUGGAAGAGCAUGCAGUAUCGUCGCAGCAGCUCAGCAGCUUGGCUUUGCUGAGAUCCGCGGCCAAUCUCAGCACUCUUGAGGGUUUUUUUCUGGUGUUGAGGCUUCACUUGGGCAAGCGCGCGCAAUCCGUUGUGACUGCCAAAGAAGGACAGCAGGUUGCUUCGGCCUGCGGGGAUACCAGCCUAAUGGCUCGUGCACUCCGAGAUGAAGCAGCAGCGCUUGCAGUGCUUGAUGACUACGAGGAAUCCUGCAAGCGUCUUCAGGAAGCCUCAGCACUCGCUUCUAAGGCUGGCAAUCUCACCCUCCAGGCAGCCAUUCAGCGGUUUGCCGCGGACGUGCAUAUCAACCGAGGCAACUUUAAAGAGGCACUAACGUCUGCCAGAGAAGCAGUGGAAGCUUCCGAACGGCAAGGAGACAAGCUGGAGUCCUGGUCAGUGAGGAUGGUUCAGGUGGAUAUCUUGGCUCUGACUGUGGCCUCAUUGAAGGCAGUCGGUCAAAUUGCCGUCAUGGCUGCUGCUGGUUUUGUGAUGACACGCAUCGGUGUGAUCACCAAUGACGUAAGGAAGGGUCUGGGAGAGCUUUCCAUGAACCUGUUGCUCCCGUGCCUGAUGUUUAGUCAGGUCAUUUACUGCAAUGCCAUUGAGCUUAAGGGACAGCAGUGCCCAAACAUGGCACAGACCAUCACAUCUUCUGCAAUUCUCUUCUUUUGGCCGCUCGUCGUGGUUGGCUCUGGCUAUAUCUUAGGCCGCAUUGCGGCCAUCAUCAUGAGGGUUCCAGCCAAUUUCAGAAGUGCCGCAGCUGGAUCUGUUGCUUUCGGGAAUUCGACUGGUAUGCCAGUAGUGCUCCUGACUGCCUUGGGGCCUUCCCUGGUCGAACAAGGAGUCUUGCAAGGAUCGCCGCUCCUUUUUCUGCCAGUCUACCUGGUGCUUUCUCCCUUGUUGCAAUGGACGGUGGGUGCUUAUGUCUUUCGUGGUGGGCGACAAGAUGAGUCCAAAUCUGGUGAUGCCACACCCACUUCCUCAGACACAGACUCAAGCAAUUCUGAGGCAGCGUUCGCGAGAAACAGACUCAGUACAGUUCCGGUGACCCGACAAAUUAGUCCAAUGUAUGAUGAGUCGGAACUAGUUGUGCAACGCCGACAAACUAUGGGUGUACCCCCACCUAGUGUUGUUGGCAAUGGCUUUUCAGCGCAAGCAGAAGUGGAGGACGUUCUAGUCCCCGAGGAUAUCGAACUGCCACGAAAGCGAGACAAGUUGGCAAAAGUCGUGAAAAAGAUCUUCUUUAUGUUCGUCUCUCCACCUGUAUUAGCCACAAUCUUGGGCAUAUUGGUGGCGUUUAUUCGUCCUGUUCAGAACCAAUUGAUAGAUCUUCAUGAUGACACCCUGACGACAGUGCAUACACUGGAUUGGCUUUACAUAGGUAUUCGGAAAAUGGGUGAGUCUGCAGUGCCGGUGAACCUCAUCAUGCUGGGCUCCAAUCUUUCAAAAGGUGCGGACUUCAAUGCCAUCCCAAUUUCCACUGCAGUGGUAUUGACGCUGACCAAAAUGUGGAUCCAGCCUGCGCUCGUGGCAGUCUGGGUCUUCCUCUGUUCCCGUCUCACUGGACCAAGCUUCAGAGGACAGUGGCUGGUGGCCCUGGUGGUAUCGCUGACCCCUACGGCCAACAACAUCAUGGUGCAGGUGGAAGUUGGUGGCCAGGACAAAGCCGCAAUGAGCACCCUGAUCUUCGUCCAGUAUUUGAUGUCGCCAGUUCUACUGACUGUCUCCUUGACUGCCGCAUCUGCCUUGAUGCAGGUGGAUGGCUUCCUACCUGAAGCGGGCACCUGGGAUUUGGCCAAGGCGCAACAUGGCAAGAGGCUUGGAGACGGUUGGUACUGCUUGAAGCUUAGCGCUUUGAAGAUCUAUGAAGGGGGAAACAUCAGGGCGACGACUACGGCGCAGGAGUGUCAAGAACUCUACCAGGAAGUGGGCGAUCCCUUGGGAGAGGAACGCGCGCUUGAGCUGAUGGCCAAGUUGAGAGCAGCUCAGGGCAAGAUGGAUGGCGCGCUUGAGGCAGGCGAAGAGCGCUUGGCAGUGGUGCGUGAGAGUUGUGGUCCAGACAAAGAGGCAGAUGCCCUGCAUCAGGCUGGGACCGCGGCCAUGGACUUUGUCUGGGGAUAUCUCGGCAUUUGCCAUGUCACAAUGCGCUCUGGCCUUGGCGCUGUCAUCUUUGCGGCUGUAGCCUUUGGAGGCAAUGCCAAGGUGCAGGAGGGCUUCAGGGAUGUCAUUGCCUCUGGUGGAUGGCACACCUGUGCUCUUCGCGAGUCGGGAGAGGUGUCUUGCUGGGGAGCCAAUGAUCAUGGCCAGUCCAGUCCGCCCAAGGGCAACUUCAUCGGUGUGGCUUCCGGUAAAGGUCACAGCUGUGCAGUCAAAACCGAUGGACAAGUUGAAUGUUGGGGUAGCAACGAGUAUCACCAGUGCGACAGUCCGGAUGCACAGUUCAGUCAGGUUGCUUGCGGUGCUGCGCACACUUGCGCCCUCAGUGUGGAUGGCGAGGUCUUGUGCUGGGGAAGUGAUGAGCACAGCAGAAGUUCCGGUGCGCCGAGUGGUAGGUUUGUAGGCAUUGCUGCAGCCGGUGGGCAUAGCUGCGCGCUAGAGGAGAGUGGCAAAGCACACUGCUGGGGUUUCAAUGAGUACAACCAGACAGAUGUACCAGACCAGAAGUUCAAACAAAUCGCCCCUGGUUACUUGCAUACUUGUGCCCUCGACUAUCAGCAGGAAGCAAUUUGCUGGGGCCAGAAGCGAGGCGACAACAAACCUCCAUCAGGACGUUUCAGGCAGAUUUCAUCACGUGGGCCCUUUACUUGCGCCCUGGACAUGUCAGGCAGAGCUGUGUGCUGGCCACAAGCUGAUCAGAGGGAAGAGCGCUACGAGGUCGUUUCCGUUGGAGGAUCUCACUUCUGCGGAGUCCAGAGCUCUGGGCAGGUGCUUUGCCGCGGCAGAGAUGACCGAGGCCAAUCAAGUCCUCCAAGUGGAAAGUUCCAAAUUCCUUCGAAGCGCUCCAAGCGGCAUGGAAAAGGGAAAGAAUUGUGA